GCGUACGCGACUCCCAAUAAAUAAUUAUAGAUUUAUAGACUCUCUCUCUCUUUCUUCUCUUUUUAUACAUUUGUACUUCGUUCAUCGUUUAGAUCAAAGAGAGAAAUCGUUUGUUCAGAGGAUCUACCGUAAUUUUCUAGCAGAAUAUGGCGGGAGACGAAAGCCGCGAAGCUCAACGAGGCGACGACCGUGAGGAAUCGAGUCCUCUCUUGCAAGCGAACGACAGCAAGAUCUGCUCGAAAGGGGACACCAAGACGACACCGAUUGUGUCUCCUCCUCCCGCGGCGGAGGGAUACGGAUGGACGGCGGAUGGGUUGCCGGUGAGCCAUGGGAGCGUGAUCGGAGAGCCCAUCGGGAGAAACCAGUGGAAUUCUGGUCUCUUUGCUUGUCUUGGCCGAAAUGAUGAAUUCUGCAGCAGCGAUCUCGAAGUUUGUCUUCUUGGAAGUGUGGCUCCCUGUGUGCUGUAUGGAACUAAUGCAGAGAGGCUUGGGUCUGCUCCGGGAACGUUUUCGAACCACUGCUUGACGUAUUUAGGAUUGUACUUUGUCGGCAAUUCGUUGUUUGGCUGGAACUGCCUUGCUCCAUGGUUCUCUUACUCCAGCCGUUCUGCCAUUCGCCGAAAGUUUAACCUUGAGGGAAGCUUUGAGGCGAUGAACAGGUCGUGUGGUUGCUGCGGUAGCUGCAUAGAGGAUGAAAUGCAAAGGGAACAUAUGGAGACGACUUGUGACUUUGUGACGCAUGUCCUUUGCCACACAUGUGCCCUUUGCCAAGAAGGCCGUGAGAUCCGCAGGAAGGUUCUUCACCCGGGAUUCAAUGCUCAGUCCACCGUGGUGGUGCUCCCUCCCAGAGAACAAACUAUGGGGCGUAAGUGAAGCUUGCUUUGAGUCGAGUGGUCUAAAUAGCACUUGUUACAUUUGUAUACACACCGUUGUUGAAACAAGUGUCUUAUGUGAAACUCCAACUAUGAUAUUGUCUCUUGCUUACUUUUUUUGAAUAAACCAUUCUAUUGGUGUAAUUUGUCGUGUAUCUUUCUUUUUUUCUUUCUUGUACCGGUCUACUACGCAUACAAUACAAACAUAUGUAUAUCUUUACUUUCACGCACUUGUAUUUGAGAUGGUU